GGUACGACUAACAAUAAGCACAAAGUGCUUAACAGUUAACCGAGAACCGACUAAAUAAUGGGUUCGAUUAUAACCGAACCGAAUAUCAGCCCACAUAACUCCACUUACAAACUCUUGUGCGAGGAAGAUAUUAUCCACAAUAUGUAUUUCCUUUAUAGAAGCAUAUUGGCUCGCACUAAUUACUGUAGGUAAAACCUGGAUUAGCCUCCAAAGAACAAACUCCUGACACGCCAGACCAUUUUUUUUGGUUGGUUGUCCAUUUUUAGAGAUUUAUUUGUGAAGUUAUUUUGCCAAUGCAUUGCUCAUUUCCCAGGAAGCUGUUGGAAUAUUCAAGUUGGCUAGACAAUCAAGCAAGGUGAAAAUUGAAGCAUAGUGCUUACAACUUUCAGUUGAGGAGGAUCUAGCCUGUUUCUUGUCUUAGUUGCAACUCUAUUUGUUCUAGCUCUGGUUCCAUUUGGCGUUGUAAUCUUUCUUUGCUUGUUUCUUCGUAUAAAUCAAUGGCUCCUUGACUCUAUGGGAUCGUUUGGAUGUGGAAAUUUUAAAACGUUGGAAUUUGUCUGAAUUUCUAUGUUUUACAAAACCAAGGAAUUGACUUGUGGAAAUUGGAAAAAAAAAAACGUUUGGAUAGGGUUUAGUUUUUUGGGAAUUGAUGGUGUGGAAUUUGGAAAAAAGAAGUAAGAAAACGUGGUAAUGUCAAAUUACUAGAGGGAGGUGUAGCAUUUUCAAUUACCAUGAAUGUGGUAAUUGAAGCCAAUUUCCAUGGUCCAAUUCUCAUAUCAUUUUUGCUCUACCAAACGUGGGUUUUUAACUCAAUUACUGCAUUAUAUGAUAAUUGGGUCCAAUUACUGCAUUACAUUUUCACGUCCAAACGACUCCUAUAAUUUGAUAUUUUCUUUGUUGUCCUCUCUUAGCUCGAAAAAUGUUUGGCUGCGUAAUUAGUGUUAAUCUUUUUCUCCCGAGAAAACUAAUUUCUGUUUUGCGUAUUGGCGGGAAAAUGUCUUUCCGUUUCCCCAAUUCCCACCCAUUUCCAUUUUGGUAAAAUUAAUUUAUCCUUUUUCAUUUCACCCAAAUUCCCAAGACAAAGAGGGAACUCGAAAUCCCCAAUUAACACGACGUCACUGAACCCUUUAACCAUCUUCACCACCGCUCUUCCAGCUCCAAAAACGUAUACAGAAAACCCUAACCCAUCGGCGGAAUCCGUAUCCACUGACCGGCGCAGUGGCCAACAACAAAUCCAGCCCCGCCGUCUGCGAAAUUUGAAGUGAAAGACAAGUGCAAAGGGGCCAAUGGGGAAGGACGACGACGAAAUGAGGGGAGAGAUCGAGGAAAGGCUGAUUAACGAAGAGUACAAGAUUUGGAAGAAGAACACUCCUUUCCUCUACGACCUAGUCAUCACCCACGCCCUCGAGUGGCCGUCGCUCACCGUGGAGUGGUUGCCGGACCGCGAUGAGCCGCCGGGGAAGGACUACUCCGUCCAGAAGAUGAUCCUUGGCACCCACACCUCGGAGAACGAGCCUAACUAUCUCAUGCUCGCUCAAGUUCAGCUUCCUUUGGACGACGCCGAGAAUGACGCCCGCCACUACGACGACGACCGCUCCGACGCCGGCGGAUUUGGAGCUGCCAACGGCAAGGUUCAAAUCAUUCAGCAGAUUAAUCACGACGGAGAGGUUAACAGGGCUCGUUACAUGCCUCAAAACCCUUUCAUAAUUGCCACCAAGACCGUCAGCGCCGAGGUCUAUGUGUUUGACUACAGCAAGCACCCUUCUAAACCUCCUCUGGAUGGGGCUUGCAGUCCUGAUUUGAGGUUGAGAGGCCACAACACUGAAGGGUAUGGUCUCUCCUGGAGUAAGUUCAAGGAAGGGCAUUUGCUCAGUGGGUCGGAUGAUGCCCAGAUUUGCUUGUGGGACAUCAAUGGUACUCCUAAAAACAAGUCUCUUGAUGCCACCCAGAUUUUCAAGGUACAUGAAGGUGUUGUGGAAGAUGUGGCCUGGCAUCUGAGGCAUGAAUACUUAUUUGGUUCUGUGGGGGAUGAUCAAUACUUGCUUAUAUGGGAUCUUCGAAGUCCAGCAGCAACCAAGCCUGUCCAAUCCGUUGUUGCUCAUCAAAGUGAGGUUAACUGCUUGGCUUUCAAUCCUUUCAAUGAAUGGGUUGUGGCGACUGGUUCCACUGAUAAGAUGGUCAAAUUGUUUGACUUGCGCAAGAUCAACACUGCACUUUACACAUUUGAUUGUCACAAGGAAGAGGUUUUCCAAGUAGGAUGGAAUCCUAAGAAUGAGACAAUCUUGGCUUCUUGUUGCCUUGGAAGGAGGCUCAUGGUUUGGGAUCUUAGCAGGAUUGAUGAGGAGCAGACACCCGAAGAUGCUGAAGAUGGUCCGCCGGAGUUGCUCUUCAUCCACGGUGGCCACACCAGUAAGAUAUCAGAUUUCUCCUGGAAUCCUUGUGAAGACUGGGUUGUGGCAAGCGUCGCCGAAGAUAACAUCCUUCAGAUAUGGCAAAUGGCAGAGAACAUCUACCAUGAUGAAGAUGAUCUACCUGUUGAUGAUCCGACCAAAGGUUCUUAACCUGUAUCAUUUAUGAAGCAAAAUUAUAGGGCGUGAAUUUAUUAAUUUUAGUUCUUGACAAGCAUCUCCUAGUAUAUUACAUUAGACCUUCUGUGACCUGCUCAUGGUAAUUUUUGUUUGUAAUACACAGUUGCUCAACUUUCGUCUUUAAUUAUAGAGCUUGAAGCGGGUAUGUAAAUUCAUGUUUUGCCUCUGAGAUUCUAUCAUUCUGAAAAGGAAAAUUUGGAAAUUUUUUAUGGGCGAGUGGCUAAAUAAUUUUCAUUUUAUUUUGGACCUGGGACCCAAUGAAUUUAGAUAAAGCCUGCUUGAAAUCAUUCGUUUGGACGAAUCCACAUGAAAAUUUGUUGGAAAGACAAUUGUAAGUGUUAUUAUUUGAUUCUUUCCCGAUUUUAGAUGAUGAAUUUGAUGAAAUUACAUCUUACGUUUAAGGGGUCGUUUGCUUCAAGGAUUGUAAAAUGAGGGUUUUUACUUAAAUGUGGGAUUUAAAAACCUAAGGUUUUAUUUGGGAUUUGGGGCAUUAUGGAUUUGAAAAACUCCUUUGUUUGUUUCCUCAUUUUGAUCAUGGAUUUAAUGGUUUGAGAUUUAGAAAUAAAAAUCUACAUUUACCUUAUUGCCCUUUUUCAACGAACCAAUCCCUGCAUUAACUACUAAAAUCCAGGAACAAACCAAUAUAAUGCCAUAAUCAUGCAUAAAGUAUACUGAUUCGAUCAUGAUCAUUGCUCUGUUAUUAACAGACAAAAGCCCAUACCUAAGGUGUCAUAUAAUGGAACACAGUAAAGUCCAAGAACAAAAGGCAUAUAGGCAAACCACACUCAUGGCUGCAAAUCGGACAAUGGAGUACAUACUGUUAAUGACAUGAACACAUUUGUAGAAAGAUCCAUGAUAUAAGUAGCUUUCUUAACUUAAAGUGGCUUUCACAAUUGUUUCCUACAUGGAUAUCUACAACGAAGAAAUCAAUGAUCAUUUUGCUGUAGAGAACCAAAAAUUGCCAAUUGGUUUGGUUGCUUCUUCACAAAAGAUUCUUGCAUUUCAAUUGCUCGCCCUUGGAAAAGUACUGCUCAUAACAAUCAUUAUUUGUAGAGAGAGGCAUAUUUGUUGUUUGUCUCAGAGAAGAAAUUGUGAGCAGUUAAUUGUAUGUAUAUGAUUCCUAUGAUUUGCAAAAGCUCAUCAAAGAAAAUGGACUCAACGCAAAGAAGGGAGUGUCCUGCUUACCUGGGUUUUGGGUUCAGCGUCGGAGAUUGAUGCCGGCUGCACGCGGACUCAACGUCGGCCGAAGAAUUCCUUUGUUGGUGGGGGCUGCAAUUUUCCAGGAAAGGAACCGAAGAACUCUUCGCAGCUUCCUUGGUUUGGUGUGUAAAGAAUGAGAAUGGGAAGUAGAAGCGACAGAUAUGGUGGGGAUAAAGAGGGCAAUUUUGGUUUAAUGAAAAAGAAUGAGGAUAGGAGUGUCAGUUGGCCUCUCGGUUUUUCAGCACAUCACCAAUUCCCUAAUAAUCAUGUGGGAUUUGUAAAGCUGUGGGCCCCACGGAUUUGGAGGAAAAAAAAAACCUAAAUCUGUGGGGCCCACGGAUUUGUUUCAACAUUUUUUAACCAAGCAAACAAAGGAUUGUAUGUAAAUCCUUGAUAGAUAGUUUUUUAGUACCAAAUCCAUGAUGCAAAUCCUUGAAGCAAACGACCCCUAAACUUGAUUUGAAUGAUUGCAAACUACAUACUUUUGAAAAGAGGUAAAAAACAACUUACAAUAAUUAUACUAGUACAAAAUAUUGUUUUUCGGAAUCCCACUUUGAUGAAUUUUUGGCUACGUCAAUGUAAGCCUAGUAUUUUUAAUAAGCUGGAAAAAAUACU